UCGCCGCCAUCCUGACGUUCGUUGUCAUGGUGAUGACCCUGAUCCUGCCCAUCACUAUACUGGCCGUAUCCGGCGCUACCCUCAUGGACAGCAGGCUGCCUCCCAAUCCGUACAACCUGGUCUACCAGGCGGUGUGCAUGCUGCCAAAUGUGGGCUUCGCGUAUGGCAUCACUCUCAUCUGCGAGAGCGAGGAGCUAGGAGAAGGCAUCUCGUGGAAGAACUUCGCAUCGCACAAGACCUUCCACCAGCUGUCCCUACGCAAGAUCUCCGUCGCCUUGCUCACGUCUUGCUCAGUCAGCCUGGCCUUGGCCUGGUACCUGAAGAACGUGUGGCCCUUCGGCUACAGCUUCCCCAAGCCGUGGUGGUUUAUCGUAAUGGUAGGUCACUGAGCCUAUCUCGGUUUCUGUAUACUCACUGUAGAGACUCAAUGGACACCUGAGCGAACAGCGGCCAUUUCGACUGGCGUUAAAGUUCUGCUGAAGGCCGCAAGAAAGGCAGCUUCGCGAGUACGGUGUCCAAGACAAAAACGACACCGAAUAGAAUACAUUUACCAGCGAGAAAUAAACUGGGACGAAAAAAGAUGCACACAGGACGAUCGCGAGGCUUCAACUGAAAUUUCACUUCCUGUGUGCAUUUUUCUUUG